UCUGGUCGCAGGAACGGGAACGCGUAAUCCUCAGCGUGCUCCAUCCCAGCAGCAUCCUUCCACGGCUCGGCAGGGCAGCGAGCCUCCGGGCACCAGCCCCUCUGCUCCGCGGAAAAGCCUGAUGAAGUCCUCCGAUAUCGAUCAGGAUUUAUUUACAGACAGUUACUGCAAGGUGUGCAGUGCACAACUGAUAUCCGAAUCUCAGCGUGUGGCCCAUUACGAGAGUCGAAAACAUGCAAGCAAAGUCCGACUGUAUUACAUGCUUCACCCCAGGGAUGGUGGGUGUCCUGCCAAGAGGCUCCGGUCAGAAAAUGGGAGUGAUGCCGAUAUGGUUGACAAGAACAAGUGCUGCACGCUCUGCAACAUGUCCUUUACCUCAGCGGUGGUGGCCGACUCACAUUACCAAGGCAAAAUCCAUGCCAAAAGGUUAAAACUGUUGCUAGGAGAGAAAACUCCACUGAAGGCCACAGCAACCCCCCUGAGCUCCCUUAAGCCUCCGAGGGUGGACACUGCUCCGGUGGUCGCCUCUCCCUAUCAGAGAAGAGACUCAGACAGAUACUGUGGGCUUUGCGCAGCCUGGUUUAAUAAUCCUCUGAUGGCCCAGCAACAUUACGACGGCAAGAAACACAAAAAGAACGCGGCACGAGUUGCUUUGUUAGAACAACUUGGGACAACUCUGGAUAUGGGGGAACUAAGAGGUCUGAGGCGCAAUUACAGAUGUACCAUCUGCAGUGUCUCUCUAAACUCAAUAGAACAGUAUCAUGCCCACCUGAAAGGAUCUAAACAUCAGACCAACCUGAAGAAUAAAUAGUGAAAGCAUCAAUCAAGAAAUGAGAAAAAUAUCAGGAUUUCUCUACCAUGGAGAAUUGCUUAUCAACCACCAGAGGAUUCUUUCUUGAACAAUGAACAUUUCUUACGAGGAUUCACAAAUUAACAUAUGACUAAUCUUAGUUUUGGGGAGUAAAUGAGCUUUCUUUUUUUUUUAAUUUUGUGGUAAGUUGUGAUGUGUGGAUGGAUUUUUAAAUUCUUUCCUGAUAAUAUAUUCAGCUCAUGUUAAAUUACAACCCUAUAAAAACAGUGGGAGCAUCGUUUAAACUUAAAGACAGUGGAAAGAUCUUUAUCUCCAAAUUAUUCUAGACUCCUUUAACAUAUAAAAUUAUUCUAUUAAAUCCUCGAUGAUUGAGAUGUAAGCCACCUCUACCAAGAAACAAACAUUAUUUUUUCAUCAUGUUGAACAUGACAAUGGCAACAUGCACUGAACCAGAAAGAAUCACUAUUAGUAGAAGAUAAGUAAUGAAUGCAAAUUCUGGUCCUUCUCGUUUUGCCUUCAAAAAUGUGAGCCAGGUUUGCCAUCUGAAUAAUGAGAAGGAAGCUGGUAAAUAAAGGAAGAAUCCCCAUCUCUGUUUUCUGAUCCUUCAAAGAACAGUUUCUCAAGGUUAAGCCAAGUCCUCUUUGCAAGCUGCCAAAAUAAUAGCUUAGGAAAAAAAUUAGUUUGCCUGCAUGAUGAUCCUCUUAGGCAAAAAAGUCUUCACAGCAGUUGACCUUGAUGAAAUGUUUUCCCAAAGGCUUCCAAAAGAAGAAUUAUAAAUCCCGGAAUGAGAGAGAAGUAAAUGAAUAUUUCUUAUGAAGUUGGCCUGACUUGUGAGCUUUAAUGUGGGGUACUGAUGAUAUGGAAAAAAGUAAAUUCUGAAGAAUGACAACCUUGGGUAUGAUGAGGUCCCCUAUUCCUCUGUUUCUCACUGAUGCCCUCUUUCUGAGCCAAGAUUCAAUCACUUUGGAAAAAGCAUCAGUGGCCAAUAUGGCCAACUGGAACACUUACUCUCUGGUGGGGAAUGUCUCUAAGAAUAAAUCAUAAAGCUCUUUCUCUAGGUUUAAUUAUUCUCCACCGGGGCUGGAUGUGGUGUCCUGCAGGCUGGCUGCAAAGCCAGGCAUUUAGCUUCUAUUCAUGAUGCUUCUCAGUGCUCUCUGGCUGGGGUUACCCUUUGUUCAUUGUGACCACAAGCAACUGAUCUCUGGAUGUCAGCGUUUCUGGUUGCCUAUUGUUUUUCUACAGAGAGCUGAGGUGGUUAUAUCUCAGUGAGCAAUAAAUGAAAUGACUUAGAAAUGCACAGCAUUGUUAUUAAGGUCUCUAAAAUUUGGCUCCAUCCCUGGAGGCGGGCCCACUCAGGAGGGACCAGGGUGGCCAGUUUCCAUGCCUGCAGAAGAAACAGCCACACCAGCCACAGCUGUCCUGUUGGAAAGAAGGAAGGUUUCGAUGGGAAGCAACCUAUUUUGCUGUUUUGGAAAGCACACAAAAGAGCUACCAACCUCCAAUGAUGACUUUAGUUCAAAUGUGUAAAAUAUGGCUUUAUUUGUCAAUUCUGCUGUAAAAUAAGCACUGUCCAUGUUUAAAAAAAAAGUCUUUGUUUUCCUUUGUGUUCAGUGUGUGAGCUCAUGCCCUCAGGUGUUUUUGUUUUUGUGUUUUUAAUAAUCUAAUAUAGUGUAGAUGAGCCUAUGAACAGAGAUCUCUUUUCUUUUACAGAGAGGCUCUGCCAACAUCUAUAGAUAAGCUUCCAGAUAUAAUAAUCUGAUUAUUUUAGAAUUCUUCAUUGAAGCACCAUUGCUUGCUGGCAAGCUGUCCAGUGAAAGUGAAUGAAUACCCUGCCAAAGACUUUAUUUUCAAAUCUCUUUACAUAUUUCGCCCAUGGAGAUAAGGGAAAUUAUCAUUCCAGGGAACCAUGGAGGUGAUGUGUAUGUUCAGCUUUAAACAAAAAGAACCUAUGGAUAUACUUAUAUUUUGGGAAGUCUUAAAUGGAAACAUUCCUGCUUGGAUAGC